AUGUCGGUCGCAAACAGAAACCCUUUCGCCAUCCUUGGUGACGACGGUGAGGACCUCGCUGCCCCCAAGGCCGCCCCCGUUAAGGCCGCUGCUCCCGCCGCUGCCGCCCAACCCCAGCGCAACAUCCCCGGUGCCGGCAACCAGCGCCGUGGUGGUGCCCGCAACGGUGCUCCCCGCGCCGACCGCGCUACCGACGCCGCCGUCGAAGGUGAGCAGCAGAAGGACGCCCGCUCCGGUCGUGGCCGUGGUAACGGUGAGGGCCGUGGUCGUGGUGGUCGUGGUCGUGGCCGCGGUGCCCACCGAGGCCGUGCUUUCGACCGUCACUCGCAGACCGACCGUGUCGACUCGCAGAAGGCUGUCGCCCAGGGCUGGGGCGGUGAAGACGGCAAGAAGGAGCUCGACAACGAGCAGAAGGCCGAGGCCGAUGCCCAGGCUGAGGGUGCCAAGGCUGCUGGCGCCGCCGAGGCCGCUGCCCCUGCCGCCGAGGCCGAGAAGGUCCCUGAGGAGGAGGAGGACAAGACCAUGACCCUCGACCAGUACCUUGCCUCCAAGGCCGGCAAGAAGCUCAACAUCGAGUCCAAGUCUCCCCGUGAGGUUCCCGCCGAUGAUUCGGCUUACGCCAAGCUCACCAAGCACGAGAAGGAGGAGCUUGACUACUUCACCUCGACCAAGGCCCAGAAGGCCAAGGCCCGCUCUCAGAAGGAGGGCAAGCAGGUCCUCGAGAUCGAGCAGACCUUCAACCAGCCCGCUGUUCAGCGUGGUGGCCGUGGCGGUGCCCGUGGUGGCAGCCGUGGUGCUCCCCGUGGUGAGCGUGGUGCCGGCCGUGGCCGUGGCGGUCGUGGUGGACGUGGCAACAGUGCUCAGGUCAACCUUGCCGACAAGAACGCCUUCCCUUCGCUGGCCUAA